CCAAUUCCAUGCAAAAAACUAUGAAUAGUCAGCCAUUCAUUCAUUAAAAAUAUCGCCUCAGUGAAAUAAUACAGUGCGUUACAACUCACCAUUAUACCAUACACAACAUCAUUUUAUAAAGUUAAAAAAUAUAAAUACAAAAAGGAAAAGGAAAAAACCAUUAACACUCCCCCCACCAGUUUCGCCCACGAACCAGCCUUCAUUUCUGUGCUCAUCUUCUUCUACCCUCUCUCUCUCCUCUCUCUCUUUCUAAUUAACCUACUGUUCCUAUCCAGUUUUUGGAAUUUUGGAAUAAUGGAGUGCAUUGAGGCACGUGCGCUGAAACCGAGUUUCCUGUCGCAAAUGGCCAUGAAAACGAAUUCUCAGGUUUAUUACAACGACGACGUUUGGUGUUUGACCGGAGUUAACAACGUUGUUUCCGACGAUUUUCCCGUUGAGGACCUGCUUAACCUUGAUCUCCCCGAAAAGGAUUUUCAGGAGUUGUGUUUUUCUCAAGAAGAUGAGGAAAUCUCUCAAAAAGGAAAUUCGCUUUAUUCCUCUUCUUCGUCUUCCAAUUUUUCCGGCGACUUCGACAGCCUCUCCGUGGAGCUCGCCGUUCCGGUUGAGGAUUUGGAGAAUUUGGAAUGGUUGUCGCAAUUUGUGGAUGACUCAACGCCGGAGGUGUCGCUAUUGUGCCCGGCCGGAAGUUUCGUGGCGCAAACCGGAGCGUUUUCAUUGAACCGGUCGCAUCCGGUUCACAAGCUGCAGCAGGCGCAGAGGAUUCCGGCUCCGUAUUUCCCGGUUCCGAUUCCGGUUAAGGCUAGGAGCAAGCGGCCGAGGUUUACCGGGCGGCCGUGGUACCUGGCGUCGCCGCCGUUGAGUUCCGCCGACUCAUCCUCAACGACGUCUUCGUCGCACGGCUCCUCCACUUUACCUACGUUUGUCUGGUCGGACACGGUUCAUGACUCCGAGUGGUUCUCCAGCGCGGAAAAACCGGCGGCCAAGAAGCAGAAGCGGAAAACAGAUGCCGACAGCGGACCGGUUUCGGGCCGGAGAUGCACGCACUGUCAGGUGCAGAAGACGCCGCAGUGGCGGACCGGGCCGCUGGGUCCGAAAACGCUGUGCAACGCUUGCGGCGUCCGGUUCAAGUCGGGCCGGCUCUUUCCCGAGUAUAGACCGGCUUUCAGCCCGACUUAUUCGAAGGAGUUGCAUUCGAAUAGCCACCGGAAGGUUUUGGAGAUGCGGCAGAAGAAGGAGAAGGUCGUUGCGGUCGAACCGGAGUCGAUUCCGGCGGUUCAGAGUCAGUGAGGUUUAGGAUUCGUGCUAGUUUUAGAACUGGUAGGUGCAGACCGGUGGCUGCUGAUAUGUGCAAUUUUGGUGGCGAACCGUAGAGAUAGGGAGGUUAUGAAUUUAAUUGUUCUUUUUUUCUUUUAAUGUAAUUCAUCUUUUUUGCAGUGUCUAGACUGUUUUAAAUUAGCGAUGAUAAUAUUUAUAAUUAGUUUCAUCAA